AUGAAAGCGGAGGCGGACGCCCGCGACGCGUCGCGCGAGGGCGGCGGCGAGCCGCCGUCGCAUAGCGGCGGCGGCGGCGGCAGCGAGGGCAGCGGCGGCGGCGGCAGCGGCGGCGUCUCACCCGAGAGCGAGGCACGCCCGGCGGCAGAUGCGGCGGCAGGAGUGGCGGUGGAGGCGCAGGUGCGGGAAGAGGCUGCGCAGGAGAUUCUGGAGGAGCGGGCUCUCCAUCACCACCAUCACCAGCCCCACGAACCCGCCGAGCAGCAGGCACAGCCUGGCAGCUGA